CCUGUAUCGCUACUUCAGCAUUACAGAGCCGCAAGAAUCAACAACAUCAAAGUGGCAACAACCCCCCAAACCACCUUGUCACACGCAUCCUUGUCGUGUCGCACCAAAUUCACCCUCAUCAUUGUCCCACAUAUGGGCUCGGAUUGGCAAAUAAAGCUAGCCCCGAGAUCACGACAGCAACUAAACAGGUCACCACCGCCACAACCCUCCCCAGACACUCACCAUGGCCGCACGCAAACUUCAGCAGGAAGUGGAUAAAUGCUUCAAGAAAGUGUCGGAAGGGGUCGCUGAGUUCGAGUCGAUAUACGAGAAGAUCGAGCAGUCCACCAACGCCGCCCAAAAGGAGAAACUCGAGGACAACCUCAAGCGCGAGAUCAAGAAGCUGCAACGGCUGAGAGAUCAGAUCAAGACAUGGGCGGCCAGCAAUGAUAUCAAGGACAAGGGUCCGCUGCUAGAUCACAGGAAGCUUAUCGAGACCCAAAUGGAGAAGUUCAAGGCGGUCGAGAAGGCGAUGAAGACAAAGGCAUACUCGAAAGAGGGUUUAUCAGCGGCAGCGAAAUUAGAUCCGAAAGAGAGGGCGAAGCUGGAAGCCUGCGAAUUCCUUAGUGGCACCGUCGAGGAGCUGGAGAGGCAAAUAGAGACCCUAGAAGCCGAAGGCGAAUCGAUACAAGCGACAAUGAAGAAGGGAAAAAACCAAAGCAGCAAGGCGGAUCGAAUGGCCGAAAUUGAGCGUAUAACAGAACGACAUAAGUGGCAUCAAGGGAAGCUGGAACUGAUAAAACGCUCGUUAGAGAACGGUGCGGUAGAGACGGACCAGGUUACCGAUCUAGAGGAGAGCAUCAAGUACUACGUCUCCGACGGGAUGAACGAGGACUUUAUGGAGGAUGAUGAGAUGUACGAUGAGCUUAAUCUACAAGAGGAAGAGGAUGUCUAUGGCAUGAACAACGACAACGACCGAGUAUCGUCUCAAGACACACAAUCGAUACAAGACGAGCCGGAGUCACAUACAAAGACAGAUCACAUACCCAGUUCGAAACAAAAACCUUCAGCGCCGGAACCUCCGCUUGCAGCUGCGAGGCGACCGUCGACGCAAUUGCGAAGUCCACUCCCUGCUUUGGCGACAUUGCAUAGUCCACUUUCAAAUCUGACAAAUGGAUCGGCGACCGGGGCCAUGAAGCCAGCCACGGUGCCGACGAGGCCGCCGGGAGAGACGUUAAAGUAUGCAUCCGCAGCCGCCGCCGCAGCGAAUACUGUGGGAAUCGCACCUUUACCACCGCCACCGGGGGCAACUCCACCGUCUACCUCCAACACUCCUCUCGCAUCUCUACCGGCGUCACAUGUCGCAAAGGAAUCUCCAAUCGCAGCACCUUCACAACCUGCUAGUGCUGCUCAUACACCCGCCCAGAGACCAAGCAUACCCGUAACGACACUUGCUCACGAGGCACGAUCCGUUUCGCGGCAGAGCAAAUCCCCGGCGCCCAGUUCGCAAGCUGCGGGCAGUAUCCCACCGACGCCGGCUACAAGCAAGGUCGAGAGUGCAAAGUCCGGUAGAGCGUCACGCGCUGCAGACAAGGGAGCCGCCGCAGAUGUGUCAGAGGCAGGCCUUCCCAAAGGACCCACGAACGUGCUUGGCGCGAGCCUGUUGGAGCAGGACGAGUCGAUAUUCCACCUUCCGUCUGAUCUACAGGACCUCAUCCAGUCUUUCAAGGUAACACAAAAGCGCGCGACGAUAACACCCUCGCCGUCAUCGCUACGGAUGUUGGCCGCUUCCAAUGCUUCGUUCCCCGACGGUUUGGAUGCCGAGCAACCGCGAUACUACAAGCCCAAAUACCGCUUCAACACGCCUUCAUACUACCCCCAAGAGCCGUUACCGAUAUUUGAUGAUCCAAGGUUAUACUCUCGCAUCGACCCCGAUACGCUGUUCUACGUCUUCUACUACAAGCAAGGGACCUACCAACAAUACCUAGCGGCAAAGUCGUUAAAGGAUCAAAGCUGGCGCUUCCACAAGCAGUACCAAACGUGGUUCCAACGACACGAGGAGCCCAAGACAAUCACCGAGGAGUUUGAGCAGGGAACGUAUCGAUUCUUCGAUUACGAAAGCACCUGGAUGAACCGCCGGAAAGCAGAUUUUAAAUUCGCGUAUAAGUUCCUCGAGGACGAUGUAUAGAUUAUCGAUCGAGAGGGGCAUCAAACGCUUUGUAUGAUGUACGCUGGGAGGUGCUUGCUUUGGGAAGGGGGACAGGGAAGGAAGGGGCGCAGGGCAAUAUACUUCUACAUGGCUGUGUGAAUUAUAGCAGGUAACUACUGGAACUCUUUGUAUGCUCAUAGGGAUGAGGGUCAGGAGGCAUCCGUUUGGUGAUUGAAUGAGGUCGCCGAAAUGGAGAUUUUUUGACCCCUUG